AUGGGCGGUAUCGUCGAUACGGAUAACAACUUCCCAAAAGCGAAGAAGCUCAAAAAGCACGAAUCCGCAACAAGAACAUUUUUGGAAGAGGCUCUAGGAUCAAGCUCUAUGGUCCCGAUUAUCUUACUUGUGCCACCCGAAGACGUGCAGAAGGUUGUAGAAUCCGUUCAGAAUAACUUCAAAGCCACUCUGGUCGACAAUUUCACGGAGGAGCCAGAAUCUGGGAAUUUCGCAGAAGUCGCAACUCAAGUGCAGAUGCCUUUUAAUGUACAGAAUCAGGAUGUUCCAAUGUAUGCAACUGCUUCCACGUCGACUUCGUUCGCCGCUCAGUACGAUGAGCAGGAAGUGACGUUUUGCGAGCGGGGAACGAUGAUGACCGAGGAGGAGCCGUUGCGAUACUUUAGUCCGCCGUAUGGAGCGGAAUUUGGGGAUUUGAAUCCGCAUGAAAGUGGACCUCAACAAUUCGACUACUCUUCACAACCAUCUACAUCCCAACCUCAAACUAGGAACCGUGGAACGAUGUUUGAAAACGUAACCACUUGCAAUACGGGCACUUCGAUGAUGGGCGAACAGUUUCCAGACUGCACACGCCACAUAUACACCCAGACUCCAAACUAUCCGAUGGGCUCCUCAGAUCCAUCCAACUGGUCGUGGUCCAAUACCUGA